GUGCUCACACCCCCCUUUAAACGCGUCACUGGCUGGCUGGCUCGUUCCCGGCGGUGUGGUGUGUGCGGUCGGACUGUGGUUGUGUUCCAGGUCUGAUCGUGUAGAUAACCAAACGCUCCGGACGCAUUUCGUCGCGUAGAGAUGGGAUUUCGGAAGAUAUGGCUCUAAAACAAAUGGCCCUAACGCUGCUCGCCCUGCUUGGGUUGGCGGCUGUCGGUGAUGCUCUGCGAUGCAACUGUUCGAACUGCGAGAAGGCGGGCUACGAGUGCGAGACGGACGGCGCCUGCCUGACGUCGACCUACAGCGUGAACGGGAAGGAGGAGCACCUGCGCCUCUGCAUCAACCAGGAGAGCCUGGUCCCCCCCGGCAAGCCCGUCUACUGCAUGAGCGCGGAGGGCUUCUUCAACAGCCACUGCUGCUACGUGGACUACUGCAACAGCAUCAACCUGAAAGUACCAGGUGAGGCGCCGCCGCCCCAGAGCCACCGCGGCAGCCGGGCGUUCAGGGGGCGUGAGCUAAACGUUCUCCGUUCUGCCCCCGCAGUCCCCACACACGACCCGACGAACAGCUGGGGGCUGGUGGAGCUGGUGGCGGUCAUCGCCGGGCCGGUUUUCCUGCUCUGCGUGUUCCUGAUGAUCGGGGUGUUCGUCUUCCAGUAUCACCAGAGAGCCUACAGCCACCGGCAGAGGCUGGAGGUGGAGGACCCCUCCUGCGACCACCUCUAUUUGGCAAAGGACAAAACUUUGCAAGACCUCAUUUAUGACAUGUCCACCUCAGGAUCGGGCUCAGGCUUGCCCCUGUUUGUGCAGCGGACGGUGGCCAGAACCAUCGUGCUGCAGGAGAUCAUAGGAAAGGGGCGCUUCGGCGAGGUGUGGCGGGGCAAGUGGCGAGGAGGGGACGUGGCCGUGAAGAUCUUCUCCUCCAGAGAGGAGCGCUCCUGGUUCAGAGAGGCCGAAAUCUACCAGACAAUCAUGCUCCGCCACGAGAACAUUUUGGGAUUCAUCGCAGCUGACAAUAAAGACAACGGCACGUGGACGCAGCUGUGGCUGGUGUCGGACUAUCACGAGCACGGCUCUCUUUUCGACUACCUGAACCGCUACUCCGUCACCAUCGAGGGCAUGAUCAAACUGGCCCUGUCGGCCGCCAGCGGCCUGGCCCACCUGCACAUGGAGAUCCUGGGCACUCAGGGUAAGCCAGGCAUCGCCCAUCGCGACCUCAAGUCUAAAAAUAUCCUCGUGAAGAAGAACGGCACGUGCGCCAUCGCCGACCUGGGGCUGGCCGUCCGCCACGAGUCCAUCACAGACACAAUCGAUAUAGCACCCAACCAGCGCGUGGGCACCAAGAGGUACAUGGCUCCAGAAGUUCUAGAUGAAACAAUCAACAUGAAACACUUUGACUCCUUCAAGUGUGCCGACAUCUACGCCCUGGGCCUGGUGUACUGGGAGAUCGCCCGCCGCUGCAACACCGGAGGCAUACACGAAGAGUACCAGCUGCCCUACUACGACCUGGUGCCCUCCGACCCCUCCAUAGAGGAGAUGAGGAAGGUGGUGUGCGAUCAGAAACUGAGGCCCAACGUGCCCAACUGGUGGCAGAGCUACGAGUCUCUGCGCGUGAUGGGGAAGAUCAUGCGGGAAUGCUGGUACGCCAACGGUGCCGCGCGGCUCACGGCGCUGCGCAUCAAGAAGACGCUGUCUCAGCUGAGCGUGGAGGAGGACGUCAAGAUGUGAGGGGGCGCCCCCCCCCCCGCCCCCCCUCCCCCCCCCCCC